AUGACUGCUCCUGUUGUGGUGCUCUCAGGCAUCUGGGUGCUAUGCUCUGGGGCCAAGGGGUGGCAGUGGAUUCCUCUGAAGCUGGUGCUGGCCCCAUGGCUCCCUGGGGCGCACCCCUGCCUGCUCUGCUUUGGACCCCCCAUUCAGUGGGCAUGGCUCUGCCAUGACAUUACUGGGUCCCCUGCCAAGGACCCCCGACAUCAACACUGCCUUGAGGCCCUCGUCCAGGCUGCUGUGCCACUCACCUCUGUCGUUGUGGGGUCAGAGCAGCACGAGGCACUUCGGGAAAUCAUCAUGGAUGCCCUGCAUUUUCUGGAGAAGCAGAGGGACAUGAAGUCCUUUGAAGUGUCUCUGCAGGAAGCCGUGAACAUAAUCUGGGUGAAGCUGAGCCAGCUGGAGGAAGCUCCAGCCUGUGUCCCGCCCUGUGGGUACCAGCCAGCUGCCCGUGUCUUCCAGUGUGCUACCUGCCGCCUCGUGGACUGCCAGUUUCCCCUGGACUGCCCAGUGCAGGAUACGUGGGCCCACGCGGAGGAAGCCAUCACGCUGCACUGCGAUGUGCCCUUUGCCACCCCCCCGAACCUGCCCAUUACCUGGAUGUUUGCCAAGGAUCUGCGCACACAGGAUCUGGCGCUGUUUGAGGAGCUGCAGGGGAGUGCAGAGGGACCUCUCAGUCUGACCCUCCAGCACCCCACUCCAGGAACCAUCGCCUGUCACCUGGGGGUCCUUUCUGAGCCCUUGGUCCGCAAGUACUUCUACCUCAAUGUAUCAGAGGGAAACGUGAAAGCAGAUCAGGGACUCCAGGCUCAGUUCAAAGCUGUGCUGCUCUGGCCCCAUGGCACGACCCCCCUGCACCACAUGGUGUUGCUGGGGCUGGGGCUGGCACUUGGCUCGAUGGCGCUCGUGCUGCUGCUGAUGUGAGUCCUCCUGACAUGGCCACGACAAGGGCUGGAGGGGCUCAGCGCAACAUAG